AUGGUGCUGGUCCACGUGCCCCCCCACACACUGCUCGGGCACUGCCGCUCUGUGUGCCGGCGCUGGUGCGACCUGGUGGACUGCCAGCACCUGUGGCUGAGCAUCUUGGACCGAGACCAUGCCUCCCUGUCACCCAUCCUCUGCACCUACCUCUCCCCCACUGACGACCCCAGGCCCUGCGUCCUGGCCGCUUCUGUGAGCGCAGACCCACAGGAUGCAAACUCCUCCAGAAACCCAAGGGCGAAGGUCAGCCAUGUGUUCUCCAACCUCAAAAAGGGUGUUCGCUUUGUGUCUGUUGAACACUGGGUCUGGGACAUGGAGUUCUUUUCUGAACAUUACGGAAUCUAUCUGCCCAACUCCAGUGCAAUUGUGCACAUCCUGGCAUCCGAGCUUGGUGAGGAGACCAUGUGCACCUCAGCUUCCAGGAACUGGCCAGUCGGUGUUCCCGUGCUGGAGCCUGAACCCGAGGGGCUGCUGGGCCAGCUGCCCAUGGAGCUGCUUGAGAUGGUGCUGGUCCACGUGCCCCCCCAUAUGCUGCUCGGGCACUGCCGCCAGGUGUGCCGCCGCUGGCGCGACCUGGUGGACGGCCAGCACCUAUGGCUGAGCGUCCUGGCCCGAGACCACGCCGCCCUGUCCCCCAUCCUCAGCACCUUCCUGCCCCCAGAUGACGACCCCAGGCCCUGCUUCCUGAGCCGCUUCUGCGAGCGCAGACCCAUAGGACGCAACCUCCUCCAGAAACCCAAGGGCGAAGUGCUGAGCAGUGAAGACGGCUGGGCAGAGGAGGAGGAAAACUUGGAGGUCAUGCCUAGCGCCUAUAUGCAGACUGGCUUCCAGUCUUCCUGCAGCGAGUAUCACGAGAAGCAAGUGAUAGACCUGGAGGAGGAGGGUUUCUGGCCAGAGCUCCUGGAGAGUGGAAAGCUUGAGAUUUGUGUCUCUGACUGGUGGGGGAGGCGGAAUGACCAACAAGGAACUGACUGUAUAUAUCAGCUAACUGUCCAACUUCUAGAUGCCAACCAGACCAUCUUGGAUCACUUCUCUCCUUUGCCUUUUCCCAUCCAGAAGUGGAGAAACAGUGUCUCUCCUCGGGUCAGCCAUGUGUUCUCCAACCUCAAGAAGGGAGUUCGCUUUGUGUCUUUUGAACACUGCGUCUGGGACUUGGAGUUUGGGAGUGAGCAGUAUGCAGUCUCUCUAACAAACUCCAGUGUGAUCGUGCGGGUCUGCCUGUCCUAG